AUGGGAGCCUUUGUGGAGAAUCUUGGAGUGUGCACGAAUACGGUAGCAGAGAUUAUGGCGACCAUUCGUGGCUUGCAGAUGGCGUGGAAGAACAGGUAUAGGAAAGUCCUCCUCCAAUUGGACUCCACUACUGCCAUCAACAUCCUUACCUCGCAGGAUCAGACGGAGCACAGGUACCAUAAUCUGGUUCUGCAUUUUCAGAGGUUGCUCCAGUAG